CCGUAACCUCGCUGAAUUGUUCGCGGCCGCGAAGAACAGGAGGAAGCGUUGGUGGUGUUCGCUGUGGUGUGUGUUGUUGCUGCAAACGCACACAUAUCCCACGCAUCCCACUCGCACAAGCCAACCAGCCAACGCACCAACGGGCCAUAGCUGCCCCCUUCUGUUCACCGCCACGCCGCAGCCAUCUCAGCGCUCUUUCGAGCCGCUCUCAAGAUGUGGGGUGGCAGCAAGGAUCAGGACGAGGUCGAGGAGGAGCCCCUGCUCGGCCCAAUCAACGAGCCAGCAGGGCUGGUGCUGGAGAUGCCGGAUUUCGAGAACGGCAGCCCAAAGAGGCCAGCGCAGCAGACUGGCAACACGUCAACUGCAUUGGGCGAGGCGCCUGCGCCAGGCGCACGCAGCUCCAGCACAGACCCUGCAACGUCGCACCAGACCAGACAGCUGCGGAGCAGGCACAGCUACGAGCACCUCGAGCCCAGACACGUGCACAGCGAGACCAGGCUGCACCCUCCACAUCACAGCGAUCAUCACAGUGUCCAUCACAGACCGUCUGUACCAACCAUCGAAACCCCAGACACAAGCGCAACAGCUACGACAGUCGGCACUGAGUCCAGCAUCAGUGCGACAGCGACCACUGCAGCAGCACACCCACACAACGCCGCCUUCGGCUCCGCCCAACAACAGCAACAGCAACAUCGCCCAAGGCGGCAACACCAGCACCCGCACUCAGAAGAGCACCAUGCACACUUUCCAAACACUGUCGAUGACGACAGUGACCGAGACGACGACGUGCAGGGUGGCCACCACAACCAGAACCACGACCACGACCACGACCACGACCACGACCACGACCACGACCACGACCACGACCACGACCAUCAGCGCGGCACGGAGGCGGCGGUGGACUGGACGCGGCGAUUGUGGCGCGAGGCAUCCACGCGACGGCACCUCACCCACGUCGAGCGCAUGACCACGUCCCCCUUUGUCAAGUUCCGUCUGCACCGGCGGAUCCCGUGGAAGUUCAUGCUGAACGUGCUGGUGGUGCUGGUCACCACCACGCUGUUUGCCGUCCGCAACCUGCAGUACUCCAACUUUGUGGAGAACACGAGCGACUCGCUGCGGCAGCUGCUCGGUAACCCGAUUGAGGAUUCCAUGCUGUCGGGUGCAACGCCGCUGUACUCGACGGCGGAGGUCGUUGACCACCUCAACCAGUCUGUCAAUGGGUACUUUGACUUCAACGUCACCACCGUCUCGCCGUAUGCCAUCCAGGACACGAUUAUGAUGAGCGUGGACAACUACACGCAUGCGCGCAUGUACACGCUCACGCCGACGGACACGCUUGGCCCGCUGAAAGACAUGACACUGGAGGAGGUGUCUGUCUUCCUCCAAGGCGUGCGUCUGAUGAUGCUGCACUUCAACUUCUACAACGAGCAGAAGCAGUUUCGCCGCCACCAUCUGGUCAUGGAUGUCGAUUUCCACUGGAAGUGCACCGGUCGUUAUGACUUCAGCGUCGGCGGCGGUCGUGUUCACUACGACGUCAAAAUCGCCUCCUUCAUCAACCACGCCUCCAGCCCCGUAAUGUUGAUCAUCAAUUCGCUCAUCAUCGUGUUUGCGCUCCCAUCAGCGGUGCUCACGCUCAAGGCCAUGUACAAGAGUCUGCUUGCCUUCCGCUAUGCAAAGCGGCACCUCAAUCGCCCACGCACCGACCCAGAAGACUUUGUCUGGUCUGACCUCACGUUUCCUGACCGCCUUGCCUUCUUCAACCUGUGGCACCUCACCUCUGCCAUUGCUGACAUCCUCCUCAUGAUCGGAUCGUCGCUCAACUUUAUCCGCCAGCUCGGAUACCGCGAAGACCUGCACGACGCCCUGUCUCCGGCGGAUGUAAUGCAAGGCCUGGGUGUGUUCCUUGCGUGGGUCAGCCUUCUCAAGUACAUGGAGUGGAAUGUUGAGCUGUACAUGCUCAUCCUUGCAGUCAAGGCCAGCAUUGGUCGUGUUGCCCGCUUCAUCCUCACCGUCGCCCCAGUCUACAUCGCGUUUAUGGUGAUGGGUGUGGCACUGUUCUACGACAAGAACGAACUGUUUGGCGAUUUCUUCAAGGCGUCGGCCACGCUCUUUGCGCUCCUCAAUGGCGAUUCCAUCCUCAUGGUGUUCCAGGAGUUACAGCGCCACGCGGAUCUCGGCUAUGCGCUCACGGCCCAGAUUUACCUGUAUGCGUUUUGCGUCAUUGGAAUCACAACCGUCCUCAACGUUUUCGUGUUCAUCAUCGAAUCAGGAUACGACGCUGCGCUGACGGCGGUGUACGGGCGCGAUGACGAGCUCACCGUCUUUGUUGACCACAUUCGCCUCAAGGACAUCCUGCUUGCUGCGCACGCCAACGACCCCAAUGCACAACAUGCUGUCGCGCACACGCUGGAGGAGAUGGGCGAGAUGGAUCCCGAUCAGUGGGAGGCGCGAAACAGAUCAGCAAGCCACAUGAAGGGUCGAGCGAGCACAGACGAAACAGCGCGAACGAUUGCGAGUCGUCUCCUCCACCCGCCCCGAUCACGGUCCCGGUCUCGUUCGCGGUCGCGCAGUCGCCACUUCUUUGGGUUCCGCUCGCCCGGUGUGCGCACACCCGGCGCGCGAUCAACACGCGGCGGCCGCGAGGAGCUGUGGUCGCAGAUUCGUGACCAUCAACGACACAUAGAAGACCUUAUGCUACAGCUGCAGGAGAUGGAGUGACGACUUUGCUGAUGGCGCUUGUCUUGUUUUGUUCCUCGUCUUGUUUUGUUCCGUUCCCUCGCUGUGGUGUGGCUAGGUCACGUUCGAAAGAGUUAACACAGCACCGUUGCUGCUGUACCCUUCUUCUUCUCUCACUCACACACGCACGCACACACACUCUCUCAUUCUCACUCACUCACUCACACACACACACACACACACACA